AUGGAAGGCUCUAAUGGUGUUUCUGUUAGGGAACAUGUUCAACAAAGGGAAUCCGAAGCGGUUGGACAGGGUAUUCAACCGGUGAUAGAAGAAGACAGAAGACGAGUCAAACUGGAGAGACAAAGAGGAAGCGACCAAGCUGCUGUCUCUCUUUUGACCUACGUCGCACGCGUUGCUUUCGGUCUUGGUGCCGCCGCUAGUAUCCUUAACGCUUCCAUAUACACCAUUGACGGUGGUCAAAGAGUUGCUGUCAGGGAUGUCCAAAGAGUCUGCGUCUACGACUCUUACACUUUGUCCAAGCUGUAUGUGAAGAUGCAGUACUGUGUUUCAUGCGCGAUCCAUUCCCACGUUGUGAGGGUCCGAUCCCGCACUGACAGGAGGAACCGUGACCCACCUCAGUGCUUCAUUAGACGCAAGGAUGAAAUGCCAAAGCCUGGUUGGGCUCUUCGUCCUGGAGUUGUUGUUCCUGCUCGUGCAUAA